AUGGGGCCGGAGCCGCUGCGGGACGAGGAGGAGGAGGACGGGGCCCCCCCCCGCCACAGCCGCUUCGUGAAGAAGGACGGGCACUGCAACGUGGAGUUCGUCAACCUGGGCGAGAAAAGCCAGCGGUACCUGGGCGACCUGUUCACCACCUGCGUGGACGCCCGCUGGCGCUGGCUGGCCCUGCUCUUCUCGCUGGCCUUCGUCCUCUCCUGGCUGCUCUUCGGCCUGGCCUUCUGGCUGGUGGCCGCCCUGCACGGCGACCUGGGCCCCGCGCCCGCCCCGCGCCCGCCCUGCUUCACCCAGGUCACCGGCCUGCUGGGCGCCUUCCUGCUCUCGCUGGAGACCCAGACCUCCAUCGGCUACGGCUCGCGCAGCGUGACCGAGGAGUGCCCGGCCGCCGUGCUGGCCGUGGUGCUGCAGUGCGUGGCCGGCUGCCUGCUGGACGCCUUCCUGCUGGGGGCCGUCAUGGCCAAGAUGGCCAAGCCCAAGAAGCGCAAUCAGACGCUGCUCUUCAGCCGCUGCGCCGUGGUGGCCCUGCGGGACGGCAAGCUCUGCCUCAUGUGGCGCGUGGCCAACCUGCGCCACAGCCACCUGGUGGAGGCCCACGUCCGCGCCCAGCUGCUGCAGCCCCGCGUGACCCCCGAGGGUGAGUUCCUGCCCCUGGACCAGCGGGACGUGGACGUGGGAUUCGACAGCGGCUCCGACCGCCUCUUCCUGGUCUCACCCCUCACCGUGGUGCACGAGAUCGACGACGCCAGCCCCUUCUAUGGGCUGGGGCCGGCCCAGCUGGCCCGGGCCGACUUCGAGCUGGUGGCCAUCCUGGAAGGCAUGGUGGAGGCCACGGCCAUGACCACGCAGUGCCGCACCUCCUACCUGCCGGGCGAGCUGCGCUGGGGCCACCGCUUCGCCCCCGUCCUGGCCCGCUGCCGCCGCGGGCGCUACCGGGUCGACUUCCGCCACUUCCACCGCACCUACCCAGUGCCCGGCACCCCCCGCUGCAGCGCCCGGGAGCUGGGCCAGCAGCGCCCCAGCCCCAGCCCGCCCAGCGCCCCACGCGCCUCCUUCUGCUACGUUAACGAGCUGGCCCUGCGCGAGCAGGAGGAGGAGGAGGAGGAGGAUGGGGCCACAGGCGGCCACGGGGCCACGGAGACAUGA